GAGAAGGAAGACUAGAAGAGAGGAGAAAGAUAGGAAUUAAGGAGGACUAGAGGUGAGGAGGAAGAGUGGAGUUAAGGAGGACUAGUGGAGAGAAGAAGGAUUAAAGGAGAGAAGGAGGAAUAGAGGAGUUAUAAGGAGUUCUACUUUUCACGAUUUCACCUUGUGAUAUAGAGAACUUUAGAAUUGAAGGCAAUAGUAACAUUUUGCAUUAGUCUGGGGUUCAACUGUCUUACUAACCGUUUAACUGUCACAUAGUGACAGUUACAGCCACCAGAGCAGAGGAUAGUGGACCAGUCAACAGUUGGUUGGAGAGAGGGGAGCAGCUAACGACAGACAAGAGAUAGUGAAGGAGCAAAAAGUGACUAGAGGAGAGUUUAGUGAGUGGUGGGAGAGAUAAUAAGUGUCUGAAAGUAGAGAGAAGGAGGACUAGAGGAGCGAAGGAGGACUAUAGGAGAGGAAAAGGGGAGAGAAGGAGGACUAGAGGAGAGAAGGAGGAAGAGAGGUGUAAAGAAGGACUAGAGAAGAGAAGGAGGAAAAAAGGAGUUAAGGUGGACUAGAGGAGAGGAGGAUAAGACUAGUUAAGGAGGACUAGUGGUGAGAAGGAGGGAGAGAGGAGUUAAGGAGGACUAAGAGAAGGAGUAAUUUAGGUGUAAAGGAGGACUAGAGGAGAGAAGCAGGACUAGAGGAGAGAAGCAGGACUAGAGGAGGGCAGAAAAGCCAAAAUGAAGCCUAAGUGCUUUCAAAAAAAUGAUCGAGGAUCAGAAGCUUGGAGGAAAUUGAAAAGGAGUCGUGAAGAUGAUGAGGAAAAAUCAGAGCAGAGACGGAGGAGCAAAAAAGCUAAAAAAUCAGAGAAGAGCAUUGAAAAGAAUAAAAACAUAAAAGAAAAUAGCAGGAAGAAGAGCAAAGAGCAGGAAGAAAAGAAGUUCCAGCAGAAAAGAUCAAGGAGCCCAGAGAGCAGCGCAGGAGGAGGAAGCCACAGAAAGAAGAGACCCUGUGUUCCAGCCACAAAACCUGCCCAACUUGACAUCAGCAGCUUCAUAUUCCAUUUUGAGCUUGGGCAGGGGAACUUUGGCAAGGUCAUGUUGGCUUCUUGGACCAGCAAGAAAAAGCUAGUGGCAGUGAAGAUCUCGGAGAAGACACCGCUGACUGAGAUGGAAGCUCAUGUCCUACAGAUUGCGAGGGGAAGCCCUUUCCUGUGCCAUGCCUAUGCGGCCUUCCAGACAAAGAUAGUAGCAUAUAUCAUCUUGGAGUAUAUUGGCGGGGGAACCCUUCACGAUCUGAUGAGUGGACAAGGAAUCAUAAAGACAGACAACAUCGUGUUCUACUCAGCAGAGAUGAUUUGCGGCCUGCAAUUCCUUCAUUCCAAAGGGAUCAUCCACCGUGACCUCAAACCAGCCAACAUCCUGCUAGACCAUGAAGGCCAUAUCAAAAUUGCUGACUUUGGUCUGGCAGUUAACUGCAUCUUCCGCAACAACACCACCACCAGAGGCAGAGCCGGAACACGUGGAUAUAUGGCACCGGAGGUGAUCAAAAGGAAGGAGUACAACGCAGCAGCCGACUGGUGGUCAUUGGGUGUUGUCAUCUACAAAAUGGCUACCAAUCUUUUUCCAUUUAACAACGAGCAAUCGGUAGUCGACAAAGAGCCCGAAUAUAGCAGCAUUUGCAGCACAGAACUGGUGGAUCUCCUGCAAGCGCUACUGAAGAAAGAUCGCCAUCAACGUCUUGGAACCACCGGGAACAUCAGGGAGCACCCUUUCUAUGCAUCUGUCGACUGGGUCAAACUGGAAAACCGCACGAUAAAACCACCCUUCAAGCCCAUGGUGUCUUCAUAUGGGGACUUCAGCGACUCAACUGGAGAAACUUCAUCAUCUUUGACGGUUUCAAGUGAUGACGACAGUAACAACACCGUCCUGGAAGGGUUCUCGUUCCAAGAUUUAUCAGAUAGUAGUGGUAGAUUAGAUGUUAAGGUUUAAAGUUAAAAUGUAUUUUACAUAAAGAUAAAUAGUUCUAAAGGUAAAAGGCCCCCAUUCAUAUACAUAAAAUAACCCAAUCUAAAUGUUUUUGUAAGCGGAGUAUCUGAUAUUGUAAAUAACCACCCCAAUAUUUAGAACAAAACUUUCCUAAAAGGAAAACCUAUAAAACCACAACUCUAAACAUAUACAGUACUAUAAAUUUGCUGUGCAGAAGGUAGACCAAGAUAUGAAGUUAAUAGCAUUCAGGUCAUUUAUUGGUGUUUUAUCCUGGUGACAAAAUAGAUCAAAGUAGGCCACGUGACAAAAUGACACAUAUUAUAUCAUAAGAAAAAUCUGAUUAAAAUCAUUAAUCAUAUCCAAAACUCAGUCUCUUUAUAGUACUGUAAUCCUUAACUCUGUUCACCUACAUUUAAUUACCAUUCAUUGAUCAAUGGGUCACCCUAAAAGCCCCAAAACAUAUAACUUAAUAACUUAAAAUUUUGUAAUUUGCAAUGAAUUUAUAAUUCUGAUUUCCCAUUAUCCCCAGAUCAGCUAUUCCACAAACCAUAAGUAAUUCCAUUAAUAGUAAUCUUCCCAUAGCUUCCAUCAAUCCCCGAAAAAACACAGGUACUGUAAUUUAUCAUCAAACCAUAAUGCACUGCUGCUGCUCUCUCUCUCGCAAUCCCUGUUUGCAGCCAUCUUGUAACAUGCCAAAAUAUUGUGUCCAGGGCACCCAAUGAAUAGGGUUUUAUCUCCUGACUUUCAGUUAAGGGAGUCUUGAAAUAUAAAGAACACGGAGGACAGUGAGUAUGCUGUAUGUAACCUGACCCCCCUCCCCUAACUAAACUAUAACUUCCAGCAUCUGAUAGAGGAAUCUAUGCAGAGUGUAGCGAUAAAAACAGUAGAGCAGGGGUUUGCAUACUAAUCACAAUGCUACACUUACCAGCAUUUAAUCUUUUCUCCUCUCUCUAACUGUUGUUCUUUUCUUUUCCUUCUGCAUCCAUCGUGAGCCUGGACUCAUCCUCAGGAGCAGAUCACAUGGACAUCACAAGGCAGUCGUGCGAGAGAGCAAUAACAAGCAAAUACCUGUUACCCGAUCAGAUACUUCCAAAUAAUUUUCCCUAAUGUUAGUUGAAAUAAUAAACUUUACUUACACUAUA